AUUUGAUAUCAUUGCAGACAUAUCGCCCUUCGCCUCUCCUUCUCGGGGUUUUUCCCCAGCUGCUGCGCGCGUGCGGCUAUGUAUGCCUUCUCUCGGAUUUAUCUUGCAAAUCGUGCCUGUUAUUCACAAAUACCUGCAGCUGAUCCACGUAAUGGACAGUCCAAAGUUCGUCGGACUUAAUCGGUGUUAUUCCAUCGGACCAGAGUGAAACCUAUCAAUAGAAGUAAAAUGCGAUCAUCCGUUCAAAAAUAUCGUUCGGACAAAGUCGGCAUUUGUAAGUUGCGAGUGUUCGAAAGAAUCAUGUCUUUGUCUCUUGCAUUCUCGUCUUUGCGAUAUGGCACCUCAAUGGAAGGUCGCCUGAAGGAGAUACAUAAAGCUCCGGUUCUCCAUUUCCCAGUCGACGGUGAGUUAUCUCUCUGUCAGUUAUCUCUACUAUCUACCGAUUUCAAAGUCAAAGUCAAGCCAAAUCCUACUCAAAAAGGAUGAUAGAUCAUAUUCGCGCCCCAUCAGACACACCUGUCUCCGUUCCGCCUAGGAAUGUCCGUAACCUCAAGAAUCAUGGCACUCCAAAGCCAAUAUCAGUGCUGUUCGUUGAUUCGUCCAACUUCAGAGCAUCCAUCAUGGCGCAGCUAUACACAGAGAUGUUGCGGCUCCUCUGGGUCAACAACGAACUCUGCAACCCCUUCGACGCAAUCGAAUCCGCCGGAUGGGGUCUUACGUCCCUAUACGAAACCCUAUCCGAGCCCUGCGUGGACCGAUGCAAGUGCCUCUUCUGCACCAGUUUCGAACCCGACCUCGUCGCCCUCUCCUGCGUUUUAUGCCAUCCCAAAUGCCCCGAAGGCAAAGACCUCUCAGCAAGAUUCGCCUCUCGCAAACCGCGACAGGUAUUUGCCACCGACUUCACAGCGUUCACCCACAUCUUGUGCCUGGACGCUUUUUCGUUCGCGGUCGUCGAGGGGACGAGAGCUUGGGUCAAAGCAGAGAAAUUAUCAGACCUCGCGUCCGGAAACAGUCCUCGAUUCGCGAAGAUAGUAUCGCUUGGCCGCACCCGCAGCGUCCUCGAGAAAUACCCGGUGAAGUUCUCCAUGCGGUCCGAGAGCUCUUACAUAUCCCUACGCGAUGCCAUCUGCAAUGACAUCCACGACUUCCUAGAGCAGCAUACCAGGUGGCGGUUACCCAAGGGAAAGCUGGUGGAAUCUGCGAACCGCUGGCGCUCGCGACAAUGUACAAUCGCGGAGGCGGAGGUCUUGCUGCGGAAGAAACGGGUGGCGGGGAGGGUGGUGAAAGUGUGGACGGACAAAGUAAUACCGGGUGCCGGGCCUGGGCCUAUGACAAUUGCUCUUUCUCAUUCGAAGGGUGGAAGAAGAGGUACGAGCUUGCAAUGACGCUCUUUGGAGAAAGGGUUACAUUCGGGAGUUGGCGCUGGAAGUGGAGUCUAGUUGGGCUGAUACCCCUGAGGUGCAAUGAUUUUAUGCUCUCCCUAUCCUUAUUUGGCGCCCAAAAUUCUGUUGUACCUGAUUGCGAGACAUAUACUUUUUUCCAAGUGUUUUAAG